AUGGCUGCAAUGUCUUUUUCAGCGUCGUUCCUGAAGGUGCAUGGUCCAUCUCAGUCCGCUGUGUUCUUCCUUGGCCUCUACUACAUGAUGGCCAUAGGAGCUGGUGGCAUCAAGCCCUGCGUUUCAUCACUCGGCGCAGAUCAAUUCGAUGACAGCAGCCCAGCUGAGAGGCUAAAAAAGAAUUCCUUCUUUAAUUGGUUCUUCUUCGCCAUCAACAUUGGCAGCUUUAUCGCAGGCACCGGUGUUGUGUGGGUGCAACAUCAUUACGGGUGGGCGGUUGGCCUCUGGCUCCCAACGUUGUUCAUCGCGUUGGCCAUUGCAAGCUUCUUGAUGGGCUCCAAUAAGUACAGGGUCCAAAAGCCUUUGGGGAGUCCAAUUGUAAGAGUUUUUCAAGUCAUAGUUGCAGCUAUUCGCAAAUGGAAUGUAGGCUUGCCGCAAGGUGAUUCUCUUCUCCACGAGCUACCUCAGAAGACGCCAGUGGCAGACGGCCAUAAUGGCAUAAUCUGCAGCACACACCAGUUCUUAGUGGUCGUCUCAUCAACUGAAGAGUUGUCUGGCUCUGAUCUAUGGAGGCUCUGCACAGUGACGCAAGUAGAAGAGCUGAAGGUGAUCAUCGGGAUGCUGCCCAUCUGGGCCAACGGGAUCGUGUUCUUCGCCGUCAUGGCACAGUUCUCCUCGACAUUCCUGGAGCAAGGAAGGACAAUGAACAAGCACAUCGGUGCGUUCGGCAUCCCGCCGGCGUCGUUCAACGCCGUCAGCGUCCUCAUCUGGGUCCCUGUCUACGACCGGGUCGUCGUCCCGACAGCCAGACGCCUCACCGGCAAUGCUCGGGGGAUCUCGGAGCUGCAGCGCUUUGGCACCGGACUGCUCCUGUCGAUCGCGGUGAUGGUGACCGCAGCGCUGGUCGAGACGCGGCGCCUGGCGAGCGCGCACGGAGAGGGCCAGGCGUCGAUGAGCAUCCUUUGGCAGGUGCCGCAGUACUUCCUGGUGGCCGCCAGCGUCGUGUUCGCAUGCGUUGGGCAGGCGGAGUUCUUCUACAACGAGGCUCCGGCGUCGAUGCGGAGCCUGUGCUCGGCGCUGAGCCUGCUGACCGUGGCGCUCGGGAGCUACCUGAGCUCGCUCGUGGUGACCACGGUGGUGUGUGUCACGACGAGGGGCGGCAAGACCGGGUGGAUACCCGAUGAUGACCUUAACAAAGGCCACCUAGAUCGCUUCUUCUGGCUCCUCGCGGCACUCGGCUCGCUCAACCUGGCGGUUUUCGUGUGCUGCGCAAGGCGGUACAAGCGCAAGAACGUUUAG